GGUCGCCAGUCCAGGGUUGUACCAACUUCAAUAGCACAUUUGGGGCAGGCAAUACACAGCUAAAAUUAGACGGUUAUUCUUCUGGGAAUAAGACCUAACUAAAGUUCCAGCUAAACAAGGAGGACUACCCUAUACGAGCCACAAAAGUUGGUAUUAUAGAGACUCGCACUUGCUCCUCAGUUCUCCAUUGGCGUCAUGCUGUACAACACGUUCUGAAACUCAAAAGUGGCAGUUCUGUUCGUAACGCUGGGUAAUCGCUGUACAAACCCGUACCACUGGAUUCUAUUGGAUUCUAUCCUCUGACUAGUGCUACUCACAGGCGAGAAAAUGUCUUUUUUAACCAUACCAUCCCAGGAGGGGCUUUUCACCAAGGUGAAGAAAGAGGGGUCAUCCGGAGAAGGACGGUGUUAUGAUGAAGGACAGUGUAAUUCGGAUGAAGAAUACGAAGACAGCGAGGAGACAAACGUGCGUCUCAUCCCCAGGUGCUCUCCUAUCCCAAGGAAACGCGGACGGUCCAUCUAUGAUGAGACCGCAGAGUAUCUGAAAAUCAAAGAUGCAAUUUCCAGCAGGAGAGUGUCGUUUGCCGAUACAACAGGUAGAGACCUAACCGACGUGAAGGAAUUCAUCCAAUUUGAUUCGGAUGAUGAGGAUAAUGCCAGGUGGGAAGAAGAGGAGGCAAAAUACCGAGCGAAAAUCCGUGAACCGACCUACCGCGUAAACCCGGAGUGGACCAUGCCCACUGCGGCUGCCCUUACUAAAGCAGUGCACAUUAAUAAAGUAGAGGUGGAGAGUGUGUCACCCAUUGAAGACGAGCCCCUGGCGUUUACCGGGUUUAUUCGAGUCCUUAAUAUUUCAUUUAUCAAAACUGUGUGCAUUCGAUCAACUAUGGACAGCUGGAGCACCUACUUUGAUUGUCCAGCAGAUUAUGUCCAGGGCGACGGUGAGACUGAUAAAUUUUCCUUCAAGCUCUCCUUCUGUCCACCGUAUCUUCACCAUGGGGCUCGCAUUGAGUUUGUUGUCCGUUACGAAACUCCAGAUGGCGAUUACUGGGCGAACAACUCGCACAUGAAUUACGCGGUAACUCUUCUCGUGUCCUACGAAGACGAUGUAGCACAAGAUAGCCCGUUUGAUAUGCCAGACCUUACAAGUAUCCUGAAAAGUGAAAGCAGUUACAGGUAAAUUCCCUUGAUCAUCAUCCAAACAUCCUAUCAAUCUGAUGAAGUCAAACAAAAUAGACCUAGGCCUACUUACUGUAGGCUAUGUACAGUAGGCCUAUAGCAAACAUGGAAAGGAAUAGAAUAUAAAAUAAUUGCGGAAUAAGAUAUAGGUAUACAAAAUAAUAGCAAGCCUAUAAUAAUAUGAUAAUACAAUCUGCUAUUACACUUUCACAUGAAUCACAUUUGACAAUAGUUUUGAGGGACUACUGUGGUGCUACUACAGUGAUGAAAGUUGUCUAAGGGGUUGUGAGGAAGUCAGGGUGAAAGGUCUCAGGACCACUUCUAGGAACACUUGUUCUAGUGCACUGUAAAAUUAGAAAGACUCAAAACACCAUGAUUGUGUAAUGAAACCAUGAAAAGUAGUGCAUCUAACCUGAGAGCUGUUGUUUGGAGGUUGUUUGAAUGUAAACCCACCAACAUGUACUUAAAGAGAUUCUCCGGUACUUUUGUAUACGUUUUAGCCAGUAGGUCUGAAAGUAGUGCUCACGAGCCAAAAGUGGUCCCCGAAAAUUGCAUACCAUGUCACAUAUGUGCAGAUACAGUUGAAGUCGGAAGUUUACAUACACUUAGGUUGGAGUCAUUAAAACUCGUUUUUCAACCACUCCACACAUUUCUUGUUAACAAACUAUAGUUUUGGCAAGUCGGUUAGGACAUCUACUUUGUGCAUUUUUCCAACAAUUGUUUACAGACAGAUUAUUUCACUUAUAAUUCACUGUAUCACAAUUCCACUGGGUCAGAAGUUUACAUACACUAAGUUGACUGUGCCUUUAAACAGCUUGGAAAAUUCCAGAAAAUUAUGUCAUGGCUUUAGAAGCUUCUGAUAGGCUAAUUUACAUCAUUUGAGUCAAUUGGAGGUGUACCUGUGGAUGUCUUUCAAGACCUACCUUCAAACCCAGUGCCUCUUUGCUUGACAUCAUGGGAAAAUCAAAAGAAAUCAGCCAAGACCUCAGAAAAAAAGUUGUAGACCUCCACAAGUCUCGUUCAUCCUUGGGAGCAAUUUCCAAAUGCCUGAAGGUACCACAUUCAUCUGUACAAACAAUAGUACGCAAGUAUAAACACCAUGGGACCACGCAGCCAUCAUACCGCUCAGGAAGGAGACGCGUUCUGUCUCCUAGAGAUGAACGUACUUUGGUGCAAAAAGUGCAAAUCAAUCCCAGAACAACAGCAAAGGACUUUGUGAAGAUGCUGGAGGAAACAGGUACAAAAGUAUCUAUAUCCACAGUAAAACGAGUCCUAUAUCGACAUAACCCGAAAGGCCACUCAGCAAGGAAGAAGCCACUGCUCCAAAACAGCCAUAAAAAAGCCAGACUAUGGUUUGCAACUGCACAUGGGGACAAAGAUCUUACUUUUUGGAGAAAUGUCCUCUGGUCAGAUGAAACAAAAAUAGAACUGUUUGGCCAUAAUGACCAUCGUUAUGUUUGGAGGAAAAAGGGGGUCGGCUUGCAAGCCGAAGAACACCAUCCCAACCGUGAAGCACAGGGAUGGCAGCAUCAUGCUGUGGGGGUGUUUUGCUGCAGGAGGGACUGGUGCACUUCACAAAAUAGAUGGCAUCAUGAGGAAGGAAAAUUAUGUGGAUAUAUUGAAGCAAUAUCUCAAGACAUCAGUCAGGAAGUUAAAGCUUGGUCGGAAAUGGGUUUUCCAAAUGGACAAUGACCCCAAGCAUACUUCCGAAGUUGUGGCAAAAUGGCUUAAGGACAACAAAGUCAAGGUAUUGGAGUGGCCAUCACAAAGCCCUGACCUCCAUCCUAUAGAACAUUUGUGGGAAGGACUGAAAAAGCGUGUGCGAGCAAGGAGGCCUACAAACCUGACUCAGUUACACCAGCUCUGUCAGGAGGAAUGGGCCAAAAUUCACCCAACUUAUUGUUGUGGAAGGCUACCCAAAACAUUUGACCCAAGUUAAACAAUUUAAAGGCAAUGCUACCAAAUACUAAUUGAGUGUAUGUAAACUUCUGACCCACUGGGAAUGUGAUAAAAUAAAUAAAAGCUGAAAGAAAUAAUUCUCUCUACUAUUAUUCUGACAUUUCACAUUCUUAAAAUAAAGUGGUGAUCCUAACUGACCUAAAACAGGGAAUAAAACUGAGUUUAAAUGUAUUUGGCUAAGGUGUAUGUAAACUUCAGACUUCAACUGUAUGUGCACCACAUCAUUGCUCUCUCGCUCACUCUGCUGUGUAUGUAUCUUGCUAGCUGUCACUGAAAUGGCGAGCGGCUGAAGCUCAUUGGCUACAACUACAAUUGCUAGGUGGCUGGCGCACGUGAGGGAAAAUAUAGGGAAAAUGGCGCAGAACAGCUUCCAAAAAAAAAACGUCACUUUCAAACUAGGGAUUUCAUGGCUAAUUGAGGAAAAACAGUAAUUCUGCUCAUAGAUUAUGCAUGUAUGAACUACACAUUGACACAUCCAGCCCAAAGCGGAAGGUUGAAAAAAUAUUUACUAAUAAUUAAUUCAAGUCAUUUAAAUGAUUUGUUAAUAUAAUUUUACCAAUUAAAAUAAAUAAAUAACUUAAUAUCUUUCUCAAAAUGUAAGUAUAUUUAUUUAUGAGGAUAAACAAAGAUAGAGAACAUUUAGUGAUUUAAAUAAUUAGAAGUCUGGUUUUAAUCUCCUUGCACUUCCUAUCUUGCCAAGUGCCUCUGUUUUUAGAGGAUUGUGGGUAAUUCACAUUUUUACACAAUGUUGUAUGCACGUUUUAAGAAAGAAAAGUAUACUUCUAUAUUAGUAUUAAGCAGCUUGUUGUGUCAUGAGGUGUAAUGGAUGAUUAACGGAAAUCAAAACCAUUAGGCAAAAUGACGAUCAAUAAUGAGAUGGCCCAUUCCCACAUUUCCAAUUUCUGAUGGUAAAGUAAAAUACAGUAUCCUGCAAUGCUUGUUUUAAAACCUCCAGCUACUGCUGGUGAAUUGAGCACUGUGAUCAACAAUGCCUGUCAAAAUGGGUUAAACUGGUAAAUGAUCAGAUACCUUCUUCGGGAGUAUUUUAAUUGAUGUAUGUAUCUAAUUCUGCACUAGACAGGAUUCGAAACACCAUAAUAGUGUUUUGACGCUUUAGAGAGAGGAAUCGACACCAAAAGAGAAGGGAUCUAAUUCUGCACUAAACAGAAAUUGAAAUACCAACAUAGUGUUUUCAACCUUUUCUGGUAGCACUCCCAGUCCCUGGCAAGGUGUUGCACAACACUUGAUGAUGUGUUUCAAUAUAUCUGCAAAGUUAAAGGGAUACUUCUGGAUUUUGACAAUGAAGCCCUUCAUCUACAGUACUUCCCCAGAGUUAGAUGAACUCAUGGAUACCAUUUUUAUGUCUCUGUAUCCAGUAUGAAGGAAGUUAGAGGUAGUUUGCGAGCCAAUGCUAACUAGUAGUAGACGCAUUGACUGGAAGUCUAUGGUAUCUACUAGCAUGCUAGCAGUUACCAUAGACUUCCAGUCAUUGUGCUAAUACUAGGUAGCAAUUGCGCUAACGCUAGUUAGCAACUUAUUUCAAACUGCACGCAGAGACAAAAAUGGUAUCCACAAGCUCAUCUGACUGUGGGGAAGUAGAUAAAGGGCUUCAUUGCCAAAAUCCUGAAGUAUCCCUUUAAGGUUUGGUCUCCUUUGAGUGAGUGGCUGCUCAGUUGCCACUAGUUUUGGUGUUACAAAGCACUUAAUUUUAACAGUGUGGUUGGUUGCAGACAGUGCCUCACGUUGCUAUAUAAUAGGCCUACCCACCCAUUGUAGUUACGCAAAAUCAGAUUUGGUUUGCAUCAGUGGUUUAUGUGGGACAAUCUCAUAAUAUUUCAGCCAGGUUAUAUCUUGUGACCCAGUCUCCAGUACAUUGAAGGGGGGCGGAGAUGAGAUGGCAGACACAUGCACACACACCCUCUCAGAAUGCCAGCAAUCCAGGGGUGUGUGAGCUGUGAGGGGGAUCGAAAUAGCUUGUACAAGGCAGGUGUCACUUUCAGCCCCGCCAUUCUCGGACACUUACCCCUGACCUUUCAAUGGAAAACCACAGUUGACAUCAGCCCAAUCUGGUUUCAAUGAAAUAGGUCAUCUCUGAGGCUCCACCUGACUCCUCCCCUUAUUGCUCCUUUUGGCAUUAUUCCUCUAAAAUCAAUCUGAUCGUCUGCAGGGCUCUCCUUUUCAUUGACAGGAUAAUAUUGCAAAAUAUAUGUUAUUUAAACCAUCGAAUUUCAGUGUAGGCUGAUAGAUAGGAAGUGUCCUUCUCUCAUAAAUGACCAAUUGUCUAAUUCACACCUCUAUUCUUAAAAUGAUGGUUGCUGCCCUCGUAUUUGGCAGUAAAUUGUGCAUCACAGUGUAUGCAUCAACUGCCACCUUGUGAUCAAUGGAAACCAUCACACCAUCAUUAUACCCCAAGGCAUUAUAUAAAAACCUCAGUGUAUCUAGAUUUCUGUAGUUUUCCACUGCCUCUCAACACUUGGCAUCUGUCUGCAAUGGCGGUUCGCAAUUCAAUCAAUCAAUCAAAUGUAUUUAUAAAGCCCUUUUCACAUCAGCAGAUGUCACAAAGUGCUAUACAGAAACCCAGCCUAAAACCCCAAACAGCAAGCAAUGCAGAUGUAUAAGCACGGUGGCUAGGAAAAACUCCAUAGAAAGGCAGAAACAUAGGAAGAAACCUAGAGAGGAUCCAGGCUCUGAGGGGUGGCCAGUCCCCUUCUGGCUGUGUCGGGUGGAGAUUAUAACAAUUGAGAAGGAUGGGAACAUAGGCUACUGAGUUAUUGUUGGGCAUCUCACACUCACAAGCGUGGAACACAUGAUGAAACUUGUGAUCCUGCGUGUGAGUAGUCAGGGGGUUUGGGGGUCACCUCCCCCUGAAAACCCUUAAAAAGACUGGACUCCUGGGAUAUAGGAUAUAGAUCGAUCCAGUCACGUGGGUCUUCAUUACACUACUGUAUGCAGCCCUGAGAGGAGAAAAGCUGGGAUAAAGAAGUGGGGCAGUGCAAAAAGUGUGGGUGGUGGGGGGCAUGGAAAACCCCCUAUUAAUAAAUGGGUUCUGUAGUUAACUGAACUCUGAAACCUUUUGAGUGAAAGCUGCCAUCCUAUGUGGGAUGUUAGGGAAGUAAGUAAGUAGCCUUGUUUGAGCUAUAUAGGGCAGGAUUAUAUCUCCUAUUUCUGUAGCUUUAGGCUGCUUGAUGUACAAGUACACCCUAGUCGUAAAGAGAAUCUCCAAAAGAGCUUGCUUUAUCAAGGUCAUUAGGCCACGGCAUCAGCUACCGAUACACUUGUGGCUGUUAUUUUCCACUGUUAGAUGUGGUAUCUUAUAUCACUACCCCCUGACACUGGAAACCCUUGCCAAUCUCAGGUUCUCUGCCAAUGGCUCUAACUUGAUUUUGACUAGAUGGGAUGCAGCUAAUGUCAGAAGUGACUUUUCGUAGCAGGUUAGGAGAACUUACGCAGCAGGUUUGGAGAAUUAGGCUAAGGUUAAGAAAAGAGUUAGGGUUAACUAAAAUGCUAAAAUUCUCCCAGAAGCGACUUGAACAAGCAACUUUUGAUGUCACUUUGACAUUAACUGCAUCCCUUCUAGCCACGACCCUCUAACUCAUGUCAAACUCAUUCCACGGAGGGCCGAGUGUCUGCGAGUUUUUGCUCCACCUUCGUACUUGAUUGAUCAAUUAAGGUCACUAAUUAGUAAGGAACUCCCCUCACCUGGUUGUCUAGGUGUAACACCCCUGCUCUAACUCUUCAGAGAAAUGACGAGUGAAUGGAAGGUAAAGGGAAAACGCAAAGAUCAGGAGGAAGGCGUAUCCACUUGCAUUUCCAAGAGUGAUCAUGAGGUUUAUGUCUUGUGCUAUAGUAUAAGAUUAUCGUGGCUUCCAUCUUGUAGGCUAUUACUCAACACAGUGACCAACACUCCACUCCACCAACGUGUGAGAUGUGACAGUAAGGCUCUGUGAGUCAUGCUUUGUGUAGGCCUAUAGUGCAUUCGGAAAGUAUUCAGACCCCUUGACUUUUUCCACAUUUUGUUAUGUUUUCCUCAUCAAUCUACACACAAUACCCCAUAAUGACAAAGCAAAAACAGGUUUUUAGACAUUUUUGCUAAUUUAUAAAAAAUAAAAAACGGAAAUAUCACAUUUACAUAAGUAUUCAGACCUUUUACUCAGUACUUUGUUGAAGCACCUUUGGCAGCGAUUACAGCCUCGAGUCUUCUUGGGUAUGACGUUACAAACUUGGCACACCUGUAUUUGGGGAUUUUCUCCCAUUCUUCUCUGCAGAUCCUCUCAAGCUCUGUCUGGUUGGAUGGGGAGCGUCGCUGCACAGCUAUUUUCAGGUCUCUCCAGAGAUGUUCGAUCAGGUUCAAGUCCGGGCUCUGGCUGGGCCACUCAAGGACAUUGAGAGACUUGUCCCAAAGCCACUCCUGCAUUGUCUUGGCUGUGUGCUUAGGGUCGUUGUCCUGUUGGAAGUUGAACCUUCGACCCAGUCUGAGGUCCUGAGCACUCUGGAGCAGGUUUUCAUUAAGGAUCUCUCUGUACUUUGCUCCGUUCAUCUUUCCCUCGAUCCUGACUAGUCUCCCAGUCCAUGCUGCUGAAAAACAUCCCCACAGCAUGAUGCUGCCACCACCAUGCUUCACCGUAGGGAUGGUGCCAGGUUUCCUCCAGACGUGACGCUUGCCAUUCAGGCCAGAGAGUUCAAUCUUGGUUUCAUCAGACCAGAGAAUCUUGUUUCUCAUGGAUUGAGAGUCCUUUAAGUGCCUUUUGGCAAACUCUAAGCAGGCUGUCAUGUGCCUUUUACUGAGGAGUGGCUUCCGUCUAGCCACUCUACCAUAAAGGCCUGAUUGGUGGAGUGCUGCAGAGAUGGUUGUCCUUCUGGAAGGUUCUCCCAUCUCCACAGAGGAACUCUGGAGCGCUGUCAGAGUGACCAUCGGGUUCUUGGUCACCUCCCUGACCAAGGCCCUUCUCCCCCGAUUGCUCAAUUUGGCCGGGCAGCCAGCUCUAGGUAGAGUCUUGGUGAUUCCAAUCUUCUUCCAUUUAAGAAUGAUGGAGGCCACUGUGUUCUUGGGGACCUUCAAUGCUGCAGACAUUUUUUGGUACACUUCCCCAGAUAUGUGCCUCAAUACAAUCCUGUCUCGGAGCUCUACGGACAGUUCCUUUGACCUCAUGGCUUGGUUUUUGCUCUGACAUGCACUGUCAACUGUGAGACCUUAUAUAGACAGGUGUCUGCCUUUCCAAAUCAUGUCCAAUCAAUUGAAUGUACCACAGGUGGACUCCAAUCAAGUUGUAGAAACAUCUCAAGGAUGAUAAGUUUAGUUUUAAACUAAUAUUUAAAACUCCUUGCACACAGAACACCCAGCUGGUGACGGUGAUAACUGAGUAGAACAAUACUUCUCAAUUUCGAGUCUCAUAGCAAAGUGUCUGAAUACUUAUGUAAAUAAGGUAUUUCUGUUUUUUAUUUUUAAUACAUUUGUAAAAAUGUCUAAAAACCUUUUUAUGGGGAAUUGUGUGUAGAUUGAUGAGAAAAAAUAAAUAAUUUAAUCCAUUUUAGAAUAAGGCUGUAACGUAACAAAAUGUAGAAAAAGGGAAGGGGUCUGAAUACUUUCUGAAUGCACUGUAUGUCUUGUGUUCUACAAAACACUAACAUAAGAUCAUGCUGAUCAAAUGUAUAUUUACAUUUAUCUUUACAAUAAGAUCAUGAGUGUCUUCAUUGCAGUGCCAUUGGUUAACAGUCAUGUUAUAUCUUUGCUUUCAGUAUGGAGGAUUCUGACUACUUUGCACAGUUCCCAGAGAAGGGUGAAGGUAAAGCAGGACUGCUGCAUAUGAGUAUCACACAGAGUUAUUACAAAGUUGUAAAAGGAUGAAACAUAAAAGCGAGUAAGGAGACAUUUUUAGAUCCUUAUAUUCACUUUUUCAAUCAUACCAGGCGACCUCUCAGGCCAGUCCAAUACAUCCAAUGUAUGUUAAUAGAGUUUUUUAGAGUUAAUAGAGUUUUACAUGAAACACAGUAAGUGUAUAUUUAGAAUAAUGGGUCGGUGUGAUUGACUUUUGACCUUUGUUUUUGAAGAUGAACCGGUGACUAAGCCAGUGCCAGAUAUGGUGAAGCCCAGUCCUGAGUGCCCAGUCAUUCUUCAACCAGAGCUUGACUUAGAGGUAAGGGUGGAAUAACUCAUCAGUAUUUCUUACCAGUUAUCUUUGAACUUGUAUAUAUUUAUACUACAUUCUCUAUGUUGUACAUUUCAUCCUGAUCCAUUUAGGGAUGACACACUCUCGGUUGUAAAAGUGUAGAGGAGCACUUUGUGUACAGUUAAAGGAAUGCCAUUGGAUAUGCACAUCUUAGGCCUCCUACGUGUUUGGAACAGUUUGUCAUCGUGAGGAUGAGGAUAUAGUGGGGCACACACCAUCAAAGGCAUUGUUGUGAUAACGUUAGUACAAUGUUGCUACUAGUAUAAUAACAGGGUUACCGUACAGUUACAGCAACUUAAUAUGAAGUGUAAACCGGUAGAUACAGUAUAACGGAACUGCAGAAAUGAUUUGUAAGAAUGGUCAUAAACAUGUGCAUGCCUAUUUCAUCAGCUAAUUGAAUGGAAUGGCAAUAUGGGUAUGAAUGAAUGUGGCACAUAGCUAGCAGAGCCAUAGAUGUAUGAAUAUGUAGUUAAUGCCUUCCCCUCAGCAGAAAUGAAAUCAUAAACUUCACUGCAAUUUUCAUGCAUAUAAUCUCAUGCAUGUUUAGCUAUCCCGGAGUGUGUUGGUUCAUGUUACAGUUGAAUGUUCCAGGUUAAAUAACUAGGCCUAUGUUAUUUUAUAAAAUGAUGGCUGAAUCCUAACUUGAGAGCUGUACUUCCAACUAAAACUUUCACAUAAAUCUCCCAUUGACAUCAAUGCAUGAAAGUGCAAGUUCAUUAGAUCUUAGGUUUCAGCCAAUAUUGGAUUUAUCAUUCAUUAGGGCAUAACAUUAUUAUAUUCGAAUAGUUCUUAAUUUUGCAUGCGACAACAAGUAGUGGAAAAUAUGUUCUGUUACUAAAUAUGGGCGAAUUGACUAAAAAAGUUCAUUUCAAACUCUAAUAUAUUUUUUUCUCCAAUGACAAUUAAUUUCACAGCUCAUUGAAGCUUCAGCCACAACUUAGGUAAUGUGCACGCUGAUGGCCACAAACUGCAUGAGCUGUUUUCGCUACUUGUAUCAUUUGUCUUUCAGUUCUUAUUAGGGUUGAAUGGUGGGAACCCGGUUACCGAGAUUUACCGGAAUUUACCACUCAAAACCACUCCCUUUUUGCAGGAUAAAUAACUGGGAUAAAUAACUGUGAGAAACCGGUAAAUUAUAAGAAAGUAUUUAUAGGAACAGCAUAGCGUGAAAUGGAACUGUUAAAUUACAGUGGGGAGAACAAGUAUUUGAUACACUGCCGAUUUUGCAGGUUUUCCUACUUAUAAAGCAUGUAGAGGUCUGUCAUUGUUAUCAUAGGUACACUUCAACUGUGAGAGAAGGAAUCUAAAACAAAAAUCCAGAAAAUCACAUUGUAUGAUCUUUAAGUAAUUAAUUUGCAUUUUAUUGCAUGACAUAAGUAUUUGAUACAUCAGAAAAGCAGAACUUAAUAUUUGGAACAGAAACCUUUGUUUGCAAUUACAGAGAUCAUACGUUUCCUGUAGGUCUUGACCAGGUUUGCACACACUGCAGCAGGGAUUUUGGCCCACUCCUCCAUACAGACCUUCUCCAGAUCCUUCAGGUUUCGGGGCUGUCGCUGGGCAAUACGGACUUUCAGCUCCCUCCAAAGAUUUUGUAUUGGGUUCAGGUCUGGAGACUGGCUAGGCCACUCCAGGACCUUGAGAUGCUUCUUACGGAGCCACUCCUUAGUUGCCCUGGCUGUGUGUUUCGGGUUGUUGUCAUGCUGGAAGACCCAGCCACGACCCAUCUUCAAUGCUCUUACUGAGGGAAGGAGGUUGUUGGCCAAGAUCUCGCGAUACAUGACCCCAUCCAUCCUCCCCUCAAUACGGUGCAGUCGUGUCCUGUCCCCUUUGCAGAAAAGCAUCCCCAAAGAAUGAGGUUUCCACCUCCAUGCUUCACGGUUGGGAUGGUGUUCUUGGGGUUGUACUCAUCCUUCUUCUUCCUCCAAACACGGCGAGUGGAGUUUAGACCACAAAGCUCUAUUUUAGUCUCAUCAGACCACAUGACCUUCUCCCAUUCCUCCUCUGGAUCAUCCAGAUGGUCAUUGGCAAACUUCAGACGGGCCUGGACAUGCGCUGGCUUGAGCAGAGGGACCUUGCGUGCGCUGCAGGAUUUUAAUCCAUGACGGCGUAGUGUGUUACUAAUGGUUUUCUUUGAGACUGUGGUCCCAGCUCUCUUCAGGUCAUUGACCAGGUCCUGCCGUGUAGUUCUGGGCUGAUCCCUCACCUUCCUCAUGAUCAUUGAUGCCCCACGAGGUGAGAUCUUGCAUGGAGCCCCAGACCGAGGGUGAUUGACCGUCAUCUUGAACUUCUUCCAUUUUCUAAUAAUUGUGCCAACAGUUGUUGCCUUCUCACCAAGCUGCUUGCCUAUUGACCUGUAGCCCAUCCCAGCCUUGUGCAGGUCUACAAUUUUAUCCCUGAUGUCCUUACACAGCUCUCUGGUCUUGGCCAUUGUGGAGAGGUUGGAGUCUGUUUGAUUGAGUGUGUGGACAGGUCUUUUAUACAGGUAACGAGUUCAAACAGGUGCAGUUAAUACAGGUAAUGAGUGGAGAACAGGAGGGCUUCUUAAAGACAAACUAACAGGUCUGUAAGAGCCGGAAUUCUUACUGGUUGGUAGAUGAUCAAAUACUUAUGUCAUGCAAUAAAAUGCAAAUUAAUUACUUAAAAAUCAUACAAUGUGAUUUGCUGGAUUUUUGUUUUAGAUUCCGUCUCUCACAGUUGAAGUGUACCUAUGAUAAAAAUUACAGACCUCUACAAGUAGGAAAACCUGCAAAAUCGGCAGUGUAUCAAAUACUUGUUCUCCCCACUGUAUGUGUCAGCCUACUAAUUAUACAAAUAGGCCCUAUUAUAUUUCAAAAUUAAAAUCAAAUUAGCUAGUCUAUACUUGUAACUUUGUAUGCCGCAUGUGCUGCACCAGAAUCGCAUGUUCUUUUCUGCUUUAUCAUGGUUUGAACAAUGUGCGUAAUUCCAGUCCAUAUAAUACAGUAUAAUACAGUACAGUAAUACAGUUCACACUCAAAAAGACUAGCCUACUGGAGCUAGUUUCUUUAUUUACCCAAGAGAGCAUAUAGCUAUCUAUAUCUAUGGGUUUUUCUGUUGUGCGUAAUGUGCAGUAGCCUAUAUCAUAUACAGUAUGUAUUGAAUAAUGGCACAAUCAUUUGGGCAUUUUUGGGCUUGGGCUCAUUAAAGGUUGUUAAUAUAGGGCUCAUAAAAUGUAUUUAAUAUAUGGCUCAUCAGGGUCAGGUAGCAUCAGGUUUGAAUUUUCAUGCUGGUCAAAGCUCUAAUCAAAUCCAGACAUAUUUAUAUGCUUUAAAAUGCUUUUAAUUACACUUCCGGAUUUGGCGGGAAAUACUGGGUUACCUGGGAGAAAAGUGAUUUAUUCUCGGGAUGGAACAUUUGUAAAAUACCGGGAAAAUAUUCAACCCUAGUUCUUAUUCACCAUGUGUGCAUGAUUUUGCAUCGGAGUUUGAGCGUUUCAUCAUUAACCACCUAUUUCUCAAGACUGUAGUUUUAAAAUAACACAAAUGUCUCAGUCAUGACAGACGAUCUUCCUGUAGCAGUAGCCAUUCUAUUGUAGUAUAACAGUAGCCUACCAGUGGAGGCUGCUGAGGGGAGGACGGCUGAUAAUAAUGGCUGGAAUAGAGUUGAUGGAAUGGUAUCAAACACAGUUUUCAUGUGUUUGAUACCAUUCCAUUCACUCCAUUCCAGCCAGAACACUCCGUUCCAGCCCUCAGCAGCCUCCACUGUAGCCUACAUACAAUACAUUUACUGAUAUUCUUCUAAAGAAUAUAAAUCUAAGGGUAUCAUGCCUUAGUAAUUUGAAUUAACAAAUUAUCCAUCUACUUGGUAUGGAUGUUUCAAUGAGUGUCAUGUGAGCGUUUACUUAAUCUAAAACAUAUGGUUUUAUCUAUACCGUCUGUAUAUGUGUGUGCGUGUUUCUUUAGAAGCCAUUUAUUUAAUGUUUCAUCCUUGUCAUCCACUGUCCUCCUAAUGAACAAUUGCCAUAUUUUAAUGUCUUGAAGAUCAUUAAUAGUGUUUGGGGGGAGGGGGAAGGGGGAAGGGGGAGAGAGUUGCUCAGUCUUCCAUUGAGGGUAAGUGUAAUUGAUAAUUUUGUGCCAUUUAUUUUGGGUGAACAGAUAGUAUUUAUUUUGGAUGGACUUAUUUGCUUUGGAUUUCAGAAUAACACAUAAUUAUGUUGGAUUUUAGAUUGAUAGAUAAUUAUUUUGGAUGUUGAUUGCUGUCAGUAUAUUUUGUCUCCUACAUAAAUGCAUGGGUCAUGUAAACAUAAAUCUGACCUUUUAUGAUAUGUCCUCCACAAUGUUUUAUAACAUCAGCAUAGAUUCCAAACUUUCAGUAUGCAUUGAGUUGCUUUUUCUCUGUGGUGAUAUUAGUGUGCAACACAAUUCGUGACUAGUCCCUGUGCCUCAAAGCUAGCCUGGUACCAGAUCUACAGUAUUUGUGCUGUAUAUCUAACUCCUAGGUUCUUUGUCAUGUCAAACAAUGACCUUAGGAGUUGGCUGCACAGCACAAACAGAUCUGGGAGCUCCCAUGGCCGUCACUGUAAUUUCUUUAUUUUUGUGUUAUUCAUACAGACUGCCGAUGACAUAACCAGUUCUCCUCUCCCAGCCAACCUAGACCUUCCAUUAGCAGAUGGAACACUGUCCAGUGCCACUGUAUCCAUGGGUAAACAAUCACCUCAUGUGUCUUCCACAUCCACAACACAAGCCAAUGAAGUGUUAUCCAUACCUGUAGCAUCCGAAGCCAACCAACUGACAACUGAACCAGAGCCUUCACGGGAACUGGACUGUGAAUUACUAAAACUGGAUUGUGAAAUAUCGAAACUGGACUUUGAAUUAAAAGAACAUGUUCCAACACCACUCAACAUCAGCAUUGCUGAAGCAUCAGAUGACAAGGAGGAGGAGGAAAAGGGAGGAACCUUCCAGGAGGAGCCCAAAGAUAGUAGUCCACCCACACCUCUGCAUGUUCCUUCACCUCUCCCCAGCAAUAUGGAUGAAGUCUCAGAUGGUGAGAAAGAGAAGGAGGAGGAUAGUAGUCCCUCUACAAACCUGCACAUUCUAACACCACCUCAUGUCAGCAUUGCUGAAGCAUCAAAUGACGAGAAUGAGGAAAAGGGAGGAACCUUCCAGGAGGAGCCCAAAGAUAGUAGUUCCUCCACACCUCUGAGCUCGUCUCCAACACUUCUCCACAGCAGCAUGACUGAAGCCUCAGAUGUUGAUGAGGAGGAAAAAGAGGAGGAGGAGGAGGGAGGAACCUUCACUCUGAAACACACACAACCACACACCGAACUUGACCCACCUCACACGGAGAUCCAAGCCAACGUGCCUUCUUCACUGGAAGAUGUUUUAUAUCAGAGUGUGCUUUCCGCAACACCGGAUGUAGUGGUGGGGGAGUUGGUGGAGGAGGAGGAGGAGAAUGUAGAGGAAAAGGAGGUGGAGAAGGAGGUGCCGGAGCAGGGGUCAAAGGUGGAGGUGGAUCCAAGGCAGGAAGCAGAGAAAGAUGCUGAGGAGGAAAACGAGAAGUCCUUCAGAAUUCAGGAGCCAAGCACCAGCUCCUCAAGUUGCCUAGAACAUCCCUCAGACCCCACCCACUGUGAGCUCAGCAGAGCUGAGGACGGUACCAAAUCCCAGAUAAAGGUUUCCGCUAAGGCCUCCCCAUCUCUCCCUGAAGAGUCUGAUGAUAAUCAGCUGACAUUAAUGGAUGACGGCAUGGCCAGAGAAGAUGGAGUCCUGAUGAUAGAGGCUGUAGGGCCCAAGCUAGAGAGCUCCCAGGCAGGUGGCGAAGUAGGUGUAGGUGUAGUAGCCACCUGUCCGUGGCACCCUCCCAUGGUGACCGUGACACACCUUGGACCCACAGGAGAGGACAGAAUGACCAGCCACACUGCUGAGCCGCCCAAUGACGUCUCACAGAUGUCCCCCCUUGCAUCUCACCAGCGCUUCAAGCGAGGGGUGGCAGCCGGACUGAGCGAGCUGGCAGCUGUGCUCUCUGAGGACUCAGGCGGCUCUAAGCAGCAGGAUGACAUCACUGCUAGUGCACACACCUCUCCUGGGUUGGAGAGCCAGUCACCUCUGGGAGUUCAGCGCAAAACCGUUUAUUUAGCAGUCACAGAGAACAUCUCAGAGUCAUCCAUGACCAUCACCCAAGAUGGUACUAGCAGUUCAAAUGAGGAAGACGCUAUUAUGGCGGACGAAGAGGAGGAGUCUUUCCGGGUUUCCUCAGAAACAGGUCUACCAAGCAGAUCAUCAGAGGCUCAGAUCACCAAGCCCCUAACCCCCCAGGCUGAACCGACCCUGGACAGGACUCUGAUCCCAUCCAUCGUGUUCCUGAGUGUGGCCAUUGGCCUCGUCGUCGGGCUUCACGAACCCAGCACCUUCCUCUUCAUGGGACUAUUCUUUGUCUCCCUCUGUUUCUGA